CUCCCAAAACCCAACAAAAAACUCGGCGAGUCGACUCGGCCCUCCCGAAGCCAUGCUCUCCACCACUCGCAGGCUCCCCCGAGUUCUCAAAUCUCCAAUCUUCAUCUUCCCCCAACGCCUCGUCGCUCCCGAAACUCCACGCGCCUGUCUCCAAUGGCGGAAGCUCACCACUCUCUCCGGCAUUACCCGAGGUUGCGUGGAGCAACACUCUAUGUGGACAAUGAUGACAUGGAGGGCACUUCUUUCAUCCGAGGCGAGUGCGGUUGAAGCCAUGCCUACAGAGGCUGUGAAGGAGCUGUAUGAUAGAAUGCUGGAGUCUGUGAAAGUUAAACGGUCGAUGCCGCCUAAUGCUUGGUUGUGGUCCUCGAUUGAGAAUUGCAAUAAUCAGGAUGAUAUUAAGCUUUUAUUUGACAUCUUGCAGAACCUGCGACGAUUUAGACUGUCAAAUCUGCGCAUCCAUUCUAAUUUUAAUUGCAAUCUCUGCCAAGAGGUUACUAAGGCAUGUGCUCGUGUGGGGGCCCUCGACUUAGGAAAGAAGGCCUUGUGGAAACACAAUGUGUACGGAUUGACCCCUAGUAUCGGAUCUGCUCACCAUUUACUGACAUAUGCUAAACAGCACAAUGAUGUUAAACUUAUGACGGAUGUAAUGACACUUUUGAAGGAUAAUGACUUACCCUUGCAAGCUGGCACAGCAGAUAUUGUUUUCAGCAUUUGUUACAAUACUGAUAACUGGAAGUUGAUGUCCAAGUACUCAAAGAGGUUUGUUGAGGCUGGAGUAAAGCUACGGAGAUCUGCAUUUGACGUCUGGAUGGAAUUCGCUGCUAAAAUAGGAGAUGUUGAAUCCUUAUGGGAAAUUGAGAAGUUGAGAUCUGAGUCUUGGAAGAAGCACACUGUUGUGAGUGGAUUUUCAUGUGCAAAGGGUUUACUAUUAGAACAUAAGCCUGAGGAAGCUGCGGCCGUCAUUCAAAAACUACUAAAUCAGACUGAUGCAAAGGAGCCCAAGAUUGCGGUUGAACUCCAAAAGUUGGUUAGUGAGUGGCCACUAGAGGUUAUCAAGCGCCAAAAAGAAGAGGAUAGGAUGGCAUUAGCUGUAUCCUUAAACUCUGACAUUCCGGUGAUGCUAUCAAAAACUGGAUUGGAGGUGAGUGUAAAUAUGGAGGACCUAACCAGCAAAGAAGGCAUUCUCUGUUGAAGUCCUUGGCGGUCUGAUUGAAAAGCUGUAGCUCAUCUGUUGUUCGUAUCUUGUAAAAGAAGAACCAGUGUCCAGACCAAGAUAAGAGAAAAAGAAAAGAGAUAACCAUGUGUUUGGUCGAUGAGCACUUCAAUAAGUGCCCUUCGUUAGAAAGACACCUCUAGUUCCCUUCGUUAGAAAAGAAAUAAUCAUGUGUUUGGAUUAGAAUCUUAUUGUCUUUCUAAGGGGGGUGUAUUCAAUCUAGAUUUUAAAUGAUUCUGAUUGAUUUAUUAUAAUCUGUGGAUUUUAAUUGAUUCUGAGAAUCCACAGAUUGUUUUAAUUCCACAUGGAUUCAAACUGAUUUUGAUGUAUUGUUUUAAAAGGAUUUGUUUGGAUUUCAUAAAAGCAUGAAUAAACCUUAUAACAAUAAUAAAAUAAAGAACAUAUUAGAAU